UGUCCGUUAAAGUCCUAUCUGUGAUUAAAAUUUGAUUUGAUUAUAACGAUAUCUUAAAAGUUAACUGUUGUGAAUAAAAGCAAACAAAAAAUAAUCUGAAGGUAUUCAUUUUGUAUUUAUAAACUAAAAAAAAAGGUGUACAGUAUUUCAUCAUAUGGUAACAAUGAAUAACUUCGAAGCGAUGGAAUUCAAAAGUAUUGCACCAAAUUCGCUUUGCGAUCCAUUUUUAAAUAUAUCAAUGAAUGACAUAGAUAUUGGAAGGGAAUCUAUACCUUUGUUGGAACUUAGUAAUUCGUUUGGAAGAGAGUCAUUGGGAAUUCUUAAGCUAGGCUGUGAUAUAAAUAAUCGUUUAAAUAAUUUACCUCUAUACAAAAAUCCACCCAACAAUGAUGCAUCUCCUAAUGUAUUAGACAGAGGUUUUUUCCUUUCAUCACACAGCGAUUUAAAAAGUGCAUCAACAAUAAAUUCUUCCAAUUUUUCAUUCAAUUUAAGAGCUCCUGAUCAACUUUCUCUCAUAAACAUAUCAGAUUUUCCAAGUUCGAUUCAAUAUUCUAACAGUACCAAUCUGUUGAAUGAUGGUUUUUUAUGUACAACUGCAUUGAGUGAAAAACUUCUUCAAGAAUAUAGAUCUCGAUUCAAUUCCUUGCCUAUUAUAACUGAUGACAAAAAUGAAGUCCUGGCCAAGCGGACUGUAGAAAGAGCCUCGGAAGGAUGUCAAAUCAAUGCUAAUAUUUUGGAAGACGAGGGAAAUAAAUUUAAUGACUCUGUUUUCAUAGAAGCUCAUUAUUUAGCAGCCAAAUUCAAAGAAGAAGGAUCAAAGGAUGGUUUUGUUUUGGAUGAGACAGAUCCUCCAGAACUCAUUAAUGGAGAUCUAGAAAGCAGUAAUAACAGUAAAGAGGAAAAGGAAAAAUGUGAUAGUGAAGAAAUAUUCAAGAAAAUAGAUAAAUUGCUUCCAGCUAAUGAGCUACAUAAACUCAAUAAAAAACUAGAAAAUCAUAGUUCAGAACAUUUGAAACUGCAAGAUAGAAAUACAGCAUCUCCAUUACCAGUGAAAGAAAAACCAGUUGAGACUGAACCGCAAAUAUCACUAUGUAAUCCUAUUUCUUCAAGCAAUGGGUAUAUCGAUGAAGCGAAUGGAAAAUCUGAUGAGAUAGAUAAUAUGAAAGAUACUGGAUCUGAAAAAAUUCAUGUAGAGGAAACAGAUAGAAUACUCCAAGCCCUUUCUCUCAUCCUCACAAAGAAUGAUAGAAGUAAAAAGGACACAGAAGAAGGACAAUGUUUGUUAAAUACUUUACAAGAUAUGCUGUCUAACAAUUCUAAAGAGAAAAGUAAAUCCAUUAUUAAUGAAUCUUCUAAGAGUACAAACUGUACAAACAAUAUUCAUAGCACUUCCACAAAAUCUCAAAGUAGUUCAAACUUAAAUCAUUCUACCACAGGGAAUAGCCUAAAGAAAAAACAUAGUAAUUCAUUUUCAUACCCAAACAAAGCAUUGAAAACAAAAUUGAAUUCUGGUGUAGUUAGAUCCCCAAGUUUUGAUGGGUCCAAAACAAAAAACUCUGUGAGUAGUGCUGAAUCUAGUGUCGAAGUUAGAAACUAUAGUGGUGAAAAUCGAGCAAUCAAUUUAAAAUUGAAGAAAAUAAAUUCUACGACUAUGAGAAGAGGACCUAUGAAGGCAACUGUUCCUAUGGAAAAUAUAACCAAACCACAAAUAAAGGGUACUCCUACUAAAACCCAGCAAAUUCUACCAAAACUGAAAUCUAGAAUAAGUACUCCUAUUCGUGAUCUUCAAAUAAAACCCAUGGCACAAUCUACUCCAGAUAAUAAAACAAAUAAUAAUUCAUUGCCUAUGGAAAUAACCAAUGUCCGAAGUUUAAGUUCUUCGAAUAUCCAGGAAAAAUCUACUUAUACAAGUCCAGUAACAAGUGUUUCAUCCUUCAAAGAUAGUUUUCAAUCUAAAGAACGUCAGUCUUCUCAAUUACCAAGAAGAAAUUCAGUAUCUGAGGGACGUAAAUCGUCCACAUCUUCAGAUGUCAAAAGAAGUUUGAGUAUGAAAGAAAGCUCUAUCAUGAAGGCAAUGAGCAAAAUAAGACAGAACAUUUCAAUGUCCAAAGGGCCACUUCGUGAUUGUUCUAAUUUAUCAUCAAGGGAGAGUUUGAGUUCAUCUGGAAAGAUUGUCACUACACCGAAGAGAGUGGUAAGUGAAGAAAGAAAAAUUAUAUAUUAAGACGAGAGGUUUUGGCAAGGAGAACACUUCUGCUGUUUGUUGAAUUAUACAUUCUUUGUACUUAAUUUUAUCCAAUUGAUGUGAUAUGUUAAACUGAUUUUUAUAUGUUUUAUUUUUUUGUAAUAAAAUUCUGAUAUGAUCAAUUGA